GAAGGAAUGUAUUUUGAAAGGUCUUUCCGGAAAUGGUGUGUUUUACGCUGACUCACUUGACGCUGCUAGCUAAACUUCAGAAUGGACCCGACAAGAGGAGGAAAGCCCGUUAGUUUGUAGAGGAGAAACUGUGACCGUCCAUGUCUUGUCCACAAAUAUCAACCCGCUCACAAAGUUACUGAGAGCAAUGUCGAGAGAAAACAUCACUCGAAGUUUGGACAGUAUAGACCUCGCUGCUUUAAGAGAUCCAGCAGGUAUCUUUGAGUUGGUGGAGGUAGUUGGCAAUGGAACCUAUGGUCAGGUGUACAAGGGUCGUCAUGUCAAGACAGGCCAACUGGCGGCUAUCAAAGUCAUGGAAGUCACAGAGGAAGAAGAAGAGGAGAUCAAGCUGGAGAUCAACAUGUUGAAGAGUUAUUCCCACCAUAGAAACAUCGCUACUUAUUAUGGAGCUUUUAUUAAGAAAGGUCCUGCUGGACAGGACCACCAACUCUGGUUGGUGAUGGAGUACUGUGGCGCCGGCUCUGUGACAGACUUGGUGAAGAAGACCAAGGGGAACUGUCUGAAGGAAGACUGGAUAGCUUACAUCUGCAGAGAGGUGCUCAGGGGUCUUUCCCAUCUUCACUCCCAUCAUGUGAUUCACAGAGACAUUAAGGGACAAAAUGUUUUGCUCACUGAGAAUGCCGAAGUCAAACUGGUUGACUUUGGCGUUUCGGCACAGCUGGAUAAGACGAUCGGUCGAAGGAACACCUUCAUCGGCACUCCCUAUUGGAUGGCCCCAGAGGUCAUUGCUUGUGAUGAGAACCCUGAGGCCACAUAUGACUACAGGAGUGACCUCUGGUCUUUAGGUAUCACUGCUUUAGAGAUGGCUGAAGGAGCCCCUCCUCUGUGUGACAUGCAUCCAAUGAGAGCACUGUUUUUGAUUCCACGAAACCCUCCACCCAAACUUAAAUCAAAGAAAUGGUCGAAGCGUUUCUUGUCCUUUGUUGAUGGUUGUCUGGUCAAGAACCAUCUGCAUCGACCCGCUACUGACACCCUGCUGAGGCACGCUUUCAUCAGAGAUCUGGCUAAUGAGAGACAAGUUCGCAUCAUGCUCAAAGAUCACUUGGACAGAACCAGGAAGAAAAAAGAGAAAGAGGGUCCAGAGUACGAGUACAGUGGCAGUGAAGAAGAGGAGGACGAGGUGACGGAGGAGGAAGGAGAACCCAGCUCCAUAGUGAAUGUUCCUGGUGAAUGGACAUUAAGACGGGAGUUUCUUCGUUUACAGACGACAGAUGAUCGUGAAGGGGGCAGAGAGGGAGGCCACGGAGGAGGUGGAGGUCAGCAAAGACAACAGGCAUUACAGCUGCACAGGCAGCAGUUGGCAGAGCAGGAACGAUACAAGCAGCAGCUACUGGCUGAUAGACAGAAGAGGAUCCAACAGCAGCACGAGCAACGGCAGAAGUUAGAGGAUCAACAGAGGCAGCAGCUGUCAGACUGCGCCUUUCAGUGGGCGGAGCUGCAAGAGAUCCUGCUUGGGGAGGAGUCAGAUCUCCAUAACAACAGUAUCUUUCUGGAUGACAGAAACCGGAGGAGUGACAGGAAACAGGAACAGGCAGGCAGACAGCGAAGUGCCGAUGUGUCAGUAAGGCCUCUGGGCUCCACAGCAGAGCAGAGAGCCGUGGCUCCAAACCAGCUACUUCAGCACAAGGCCCAGUUCUCCCAGCUUCAGCUACAGCCGCAAGCCAGGCCCCAGCCGCUGGCUCAGCAUCAGCAGCCCUCAGCGGGCAGGAGAUCCCACCGCACCCUGCCCAAGGACCAAACCCAGCUCCUGUCGCUGCAGCACGACCACAGACACAGGGAGCGAGAGAGGCAGAGGCAGAGAGAAAAGCCUGUGGCAGCUGUCCAGAAGCUAACUGCUAAUAGUGGGAACACAGCUGCUGCUGCUGCUGCUGCUGCUUCCUCACCCAGCCGCCCUGUAAACAGCCAGUGCUCAGCGAUGGACCUCCAGGAGUCAAACCUUGCCAGGCUGCUUCUGGCUGCUGGUCUGCCCAGCCAGAUGCACUCUAGGCUGGGCUCUGGGAGCAGCUCUAGUCCUUGUACUCCAGCCAUGCAGAGAGCCCACCUCAACCAGAAUGCCAAUCUGCGCUCUAGUCGAGAGGCCGCUCACAGCAGCUCUAUGUCAGAUAUGGCCAUCUCCCCCUUGUCUCCAUUUUGCCCCAUGUCCCCGACUGAUGAUGUCUUCUGGGACUCGGUCACAACACCACCUAAGGUCCCAGAACGCACUACCUCUAAGUUCUACUGUCGAGAGCUGGUGAUGGGACACAAGAGGGCCGCUUCAAGUGGCAGUCCAGUGUCUGUAGCAGAUAAAAGUGGAAGAUCUGCUCCUCAUGGAGUCUCCUCUACCAGCAGCAACCACCCAGGUUACUUUAAGCUGGAGAGUCCUCUUCUACAGCAACGUCUACAGCAGCACAGGAAGACACAAGAAAACGUAACCAGUGGACAUACACAAGGUGGAAGAUCCGCAGAAUACUCCUCUUCCAGUGACGAGGUCGGCAGCAGCGAUGAUGAAGAGAGGAUCAGGUCUGGCCUGUCCAACGGAAAGGGGAAAUAUUUCAGAGGAAUACCUGAUGGCAUCGUGCUGCAACCACACCACAAUCUUAACCAGAUUUCUCGGCUCGGCUCAGAUGACACCUACCUGCUACCAGACCUUCUGCAGAAAACCUCCUCCUCUAGUCCGACCCAUAAUGCGAUGGGCCAGCAGCAGCGGACACGUGAACUCAACUACUCACAGUCACCCAUAGCCCCUCGGUCCCCCAUACACCAGGAACUACAUGCUGUCGGCAGUCCCACUGGUAAAAACGCCUCCUCAUCUUCCUCUUCCUCCUUCCUGUCCUUCAUCGAUCCAAGAUUGAUCCCCAUAUCAUCACCGCCACAAAGCCCUACAGGCAGUAAGGGUGAACCAAUCAAGAGCCACAGGAAGGGCUCCGUGGUGAAUGUCAAUCCAACCAACAUUCGACCACAGAGCGACACUCCAGAGAUCCGCAAGUACAAGAAGAAAUUCAACACUGAGGUUCUCUGUGCUGGACUGUGGGGUGUGAAUCUGUUGGUGGGGACGGAGAAUGGUCUGUGGCUGCUGGAUCGAAGUGGUCAGGGGAAAGUCUACUCCCUCAUCAGCAGACGAAAGUUUCAGCAGAUGGACGUGUUGGAAGGACUCAAUGUGCUGAUCACUAUAUCGGGUAAAAAGAACAAGUUGCGUCUGUACUAUCUGUCCUGGUUAAGGAAUAAAAUUCUACACAACGACCCAGAGGUGGAGAAGAGACAGGGCUGGACCUCAGUAGGUGAUUUGGAGGGCUGUGUACACUAUAAAGUGGUGCGUUACGAGAAGAUAAAGUUCUUAGUGAUUGCUUUGAAGAAUGCUGUGGAGGUGUACGCCUGGGCCCCAAAACCAUACCACAAAUUCAUGGCCUUCAAGUCAUUCAGGUCUCUGCCUCAAAAACCCCUAUCUGUUGACCUGACAGUGGAGGAAGGUCAGAGGUUAAAGGUCAUCUACGGCUCCUUUUCUGGAUUCCAUGCCAUUGAUGUCGACUCUGGAACACCUUACGACCUCUACCUGCCUACACAUAUCCAGGGCUCCAUUCAUCCACAUGCCAUCAUCAUUUUGCCAAACAGUGCUGGAACUGAGGUUCUGGUUUGCUACGAAGACGAGGGCGUCUACAUCGACACCUACGGCCGCAUCACCAAGGAUACGGUGCUGCAGUGGGGAGAGAUGCCUGCGUCGGUCGCCUACCUUCAGUCUAACCAGGUGAUGGGUUGGGGAGAAAAGGCCAUAGAGCUGAGGUCUGCCAACACGGGGAACCUGGAGGGAGUUUUCAUGCACAAAAAGGCCCAGAAGCUCAAGUUCCUGUGUGAAAGGAAUGACAAGGUCUUCUUUGCCUCGGUGCAGUCAGGAGGCAGCAGUCAGAUUUACUUCAUGACUCUGGGACAGAACUCACUGUUCAACUGGUAACAACUGGACCUGUUACUCUGGGAUCAACUGGUCGUGUCUCCCUUCAUUACUCUGUUUGCACAGUGAUGCCUAUUUAUAUUUGUGCUGGCCGAUGUUCAUGGAUAGUGGACACACCAUGAAAAGAUCAACUAAAUACUCCUGGAUCACCUGGAGUAUUUAGUUAGUUUCCAUGUAAAUGCGCACAGUUGAGUUGAUCAUAACUCCGGCCGCAGUGAAACUGCUUGUAUCCAUCAGUCCGUCCUUGAAUUCUAAAGCCUGAAUAAUAGCUCCGACACAAAAAUCUGGAACUAAAAUUCGGAAUGUAGUUGACUGCCACCUCAACCAUCCACGGACGCAUUGAAAGGUACAACUAGCAGUGUCAGCAUCACCACAUCAUCGGGCAACAUCUGGCCUCAAGAUCCCAGUCCUUCCUCUCAUCUGUCAGCACUGGAGACCACACAAAUCCGUUUAGUUUGGUCCACAUUCAGCUCCUGGAUCACUUUGAUUUUUUUCCGUUUUAAAGGACUCCGUUGUAUCAGUUACUCUGCUAAUUAUGUGUAUAUCAGUUAGUCACUCAUAUUUGCUUUAACAGCGUCCGGCUGUGAUGCAUUACUGGAUCAGCUGCUUCCUUUUCAUCCGAUGAAGUCAAGUCUUUAUACGUGCGUUAUUAAUCUCCAAGAUUAUAAGUAAUGUUUGCAUCUCUGUUGUCUGGUCUUCAUGCAAGCAGCUUCUGUGUUAAAAGGAGUGAAAUUAGAAGAACAGAAGUCCUUCAUCAACCUCAUUCACUCCAUCAACAUCAUCUUGGCAUUUCACAGACUGGGUGUGGACAAAGCAGGGCGUCUACUGUAUGUCAUUCCGCAUUUUAUUGUGCUAUUGCUUGCCUUUUUAUCCUGUGGAUUUUCUUUAAACAAUGUCGAGAUCCAAAAACCACAGUGACAUCUGUCUCCAGUACCUCUGCAGUGUUAUUUAUGAAGGCCUUUACUAGUGUUUAGUUUUCUUCUUCACUGCUGUAAGUGGACAUCAAGGACCCAAACAAAUUAGUCACUUACUGUACUGAAUCCUUAUUUUGUUGAUUGCCAUGAAGCAUUACUAGACAGUAUUAUAUUACGCAUUAUCAAAUGUUAUAUUAUUAAAAGAUCAGUUUCCUUUUUUCUUGCCUGAGGGUGAGAGUAAUCCAGUAUAACAACCUUCACAACAUCGAUUCAGUCAGUUAUGUUUAACUAUAUCCUUAGCUGUAAAUAUUCUAUCCGGGGGGAUCUUAUAAUAAUGACAAAUGUCAGAAUUGAAUCACUGCCGUGAAGACAUAUUUUCACAGACUUCAGACUAUUCAUUAGGUCAUUCUGUCCCUAAUUAUGAGCUGAAAGUCAAAUUUGCUCUCUGCGUAAUGUGAAAUCAGUCGCCAGUUAGGCAAAAAAAAGAUCUCUUGGAAUACAUGCAGAAUUGCACUUUUCAUUAAAAAGUAGUUGGUUAGGGUUUUUAUUAACAAAGUCUUAAUACAGUACAGUCUUCUUAGGUCCCAGUUUGAGCACUCACUCCAUCACAGGUCCAGACGUAAUCUUCUAAUCAUUAAACAUAACACCUUAAGAGCCCUGUGUACUUCACUAUAGGAAUUGCAGUUAAUGUACAAUAGAACUCCACAGUAACAGAGUAGAAAUGUUUUCCUGCAUCUGUUUUGUACAGCUUAGGAUGUAUAUAAUCUUGUAAGAUGCACUGUUUUCUAAAUGUUUUAUAAUCGAGAAGCCAUCCUUUAUUUGUGUGUACAGAAUUCAAGGCUUAUGAAUGUGAAAGUCCAUCCCAGAACAGAGUUCAUAUGUGUUAUUUCCUUGAUCUUUGAAAGUAUUGUGGUUGUGAGCGUGAACAUAAGCUACUGACAGUGAAGUUGUUCACUUUUACCAACCUGGCUGCCGUGUACAAGAUCAAAUAAUGUGAAUUCUGUUUUGUGGUUGAUUUUCUACUGACGUGUCAGGCUCUUUGCACAAUGGCCACCUUGUACAUGUUUUCUUUAAUAUAUCCUCAAUUACUUUUUUGGUUUAAAGUGGAAACAUUCAAAGUCAUUAUAUAGUCAGUAAUGAAGGUAUAACUGAUAGCCUUUGGCUCUGGAUCAGUAUUUCCUACACUGCCCACCAUGGGACACACCUGUUUUAGAUGGGUCACCUUGAGAAAUGAUUUGAGCCCAGAUCUGACGAGAUGCAAUGAACUGGGCUGAAAAAAGUGAAAAUGCCUUGUGGUUUAGUGUUUGCUCUGUUUUCCUUGAUAUUUCCUCAUUUAAACAAUUAGCUUCAAAGCAUGAAACCAAACCUUGAAUCCAACUGUGUAAGAUAAUUCACAAAUCAGAACUAUUUGACUAAAGAGAUUAGAUGUUUCUCUAAACCAAAAUUUAUAUUAUUAAAUACUAUACAAAAGACACCAACUAGACCAACAUGUCAGACAGAUGGAGGCAUGAAAAAUCUCCCAGGAAUGCUGUGUCUAGCUAAAUUUCAACAAAAUGUAUGCAAUUUAAUGUUACUAGUGUUCAUAUAUUUAAUAGCGUGUACGCUUUAGACAGUGCUAAGUGAAGAAAUAAUUGGUUCUUACCUUCAAAUGUGAAUUUAUGCAAUUUAUCCAUUUCUCAUCCAUUUUUAUUAAACCAUUUUUUCAUUCCUUCCUUGAA